AUGGGUGAAUACAGUAUAGACCCGUCACUGGGUGAAUAUAGUAUAAACCCGUCACUCGGUGAAUACAGUAUAGACCCGUCACCGGGUGAAUACAGUAUAGACCCGUCACUGGGUGAAUACAGUAUAGACCCGUCACUCGGUGAAUACAGUAUAGACCCGUCAGUGGGUGAAUACAUUAUAGACCCGUCACUGGGUGAAUACAGUAUAGACCCGUCAGUGGGUGAAUACAGUAUAGACCCGUCAGUGGGUGAAUACAGUAUAGACCCGUCAGUGGGUGAAUACAGUAUAGACCCGUCAGUGGGUGAAUACAGUAUAGACCCGUCACUGGGUGAAUACAGUAUAGACCCGUCAGUGGGUGAAUACAGUAUAGACCCGUCAGUGGGUGAAUACAGUAUAGACCCGUCACUGGGUGAAUACAGUAUAGACCAGUCACUGGGUGAAUACAGUAUAGACCCGUCACUGGGUGAAUACAGUAUAGACCCGUCACUGGGUGAAUACAGUAUAGACCCGUCACUGGGUGAAUACAGUAUAGACCCGUCACUGGGUGAAUACCGUAUAGACCCGUCACUGGGUGAAUACAGUAUAGACCCGUCACUCGGUGAAUACAGUAUAGACCCGUCAGUGGGUGAAUACAUUAUAGACCCGUCACUGGGUGAAUACAGUAUAGACCCGUCACUGGGUGAAUACAGUAUAGACCCGUCACUGGGUGAAUACAGUAUAGACCCGUCACUGGGUGAAUACAGUAUAGACCCGUCACUGGGUGAAUACAGUAUAGACCCGUCACUGGGUGAAUACAGUAUAGACCCGUCACUGGAUGAAUACAGUAUAGACCCGUCACUGGGUGAAUACAGUAUAGACCCGUCACUGGGUGAAUACAGUAUAGACCCGUCACUGGGUGAAUACAGUAUAGACCCGUCACUGGGUGAAUACAGUAUAGACCCGUCACUGGAUGAAUACAGUAUAGACCCGUCACUGGGUGAAUACAGUAUAGACCCGUCACUGGGUGAAUACAGUAUAGACCCGUCACUGGGUGAAUACAGUAUAGACCCGUCACUGGGUGAAUACAGUAUAGACCCGUCACUGGGUGAAUACAGUAUAGACCCGUCACUGGGUGAAUACAGUAUAGACCCGUCACUGGAUGAAUACAGUAUAGACCCGUCACUGAGUGAAUACAGUAUAGACCCGUCACUGGGUGAAUACAGUAUAGACCCGUCACUGGGUGAAUACAGUAUAGACCCGUCACUCGGUGAAUACAGUAUAGAACCGUCACUGGGUGAAUACAGUGUAGACCCGUCACUGGGUGAAUACAGUAUAGACCCGUCACUGGGUGAAUACAUUAUAGACCCGUCACUGGGUGAAUACAGUAUAGACCCGUCACUGGGUGAAUACAGUAUAGACCCGUCACUGGGUGAAUACAGUAUAGACCCGUCACUGGGUGAAUACAGUAUAGACCCGUCACUGGGUGAAUACAGUAUAGACCCGUCACUGGGUGAAUACAGUAUAGACCCGUCACUGGGUGAAUACAGUAUAGACCCGUCUCUGGGUGAAUACAUUAUAGACCCGUCACUGGGUGAAUACAGUAUAGACCCGUCACUGGGUGAAUACAGUAUAGACCCGUCACUGGGUGAAUACAGUAUAGACCCGUCACUGGGUGAAUACAGUAUAGACCCGUCACUGGGUGAAUACAGUAUAGACCCGUCACUGGGUGAAUACAGUAUAGACCCGUCACUGGGUGAAUACAGUAUAGACCCGUCACUGGGUGAAUACAGUAUAGACCCGUCACUGGGUGAAUACAGUAUAGACCCGUCACUCGGUGAAUACAGUAUAGACCCGUCACUGGGUGAAUACAAUAUAGACCCGUCACUGGGUGAAUACAGUAUAGACCCGUCACUCGGUGAAUACAGUAUAGACCCGUCACUCGGUGAAUACAGUAUAGACCCGUCACUGGGUGAAUACAGUAUAGACCCGUCACUGGGUGAAUACAGUAUAGACCCGUUUUGUUUUGUACCAGGUAUAUUUUGA